AUGGAUUUUAAUAAAACUUUUACUGACUUUACAAUUUUAGGAUUUUCCAACAUUGGUCAAUUUCGGUUUUUAUUCUUUACACUGCUAUUAGUGACUUAUAUUCUGAUAGUUACAGGCAAUAUAACAAUUUCAGUAUUAAUUCUUGUUGAUGCACACCUCCACACUCCGAUGUACUUGUUUAUCUCUAUGUUGUCCUUCCUUGAGAUUUGGUACACAGCAGUUACCAUUCCCUGUAUGCUAGCAGCUAUUUGGAAAGGCAAGUUGAAGAUUGCAUUUGGUAACUGUAUGGUACAAAUGUAUCUUUUCCAUUCAUUAGGAAUUACUGAGAACUACUUGUUAAAUGUCAUGGCCUAUGACCGCAUGGUAGCAAUCUGCAACCCACUGAGAUACCACACUAUAAUGACCUCUAAGCACUGCAAGCUUUUAGUCUCAGGUUGUUGGCUAUUUGGAUUUAUGAGCCCUCUUACACUUCUUAUUUCAGUCAUGCAGUUACCUUUCUGUGGUCCUAAUAAAAUUAAUCACCUCUUCUGUGAUUCCUCUCCUCUUCUGUAUUUGGCCUGUACAGAUACCUCUUCCAACAUCAUUAUUGACUUCACUAUUAGCCUGUGCAUGAUUCUCUUGACCUUUCUUUACAUUAUUGUGACAUACGUGAAGAUUAUAUUAAGUAUUCUCAAAAUGAACUCUACUGAAGGACGGAAAAAGGCAUUUUCCACAUGUGCUUCUCAUCUUAUAGUGGUACUCAUCUUCUAUGGAAGCAUAGCAUUCAUGUAUAUCAGGCCUCAUAUAAAUUAUACUCCAGAAUAUGAUAAAGUAGUGGCACUCAAUUAUUCUGUAUUAACUCCACUCUUUAACCCUAUCAUCUACAGUCUUCGAAACAAAGAGAUUAAGAAAGCGCUGAGAAAAAUUCUGCAGACAAAAGAAAGUUCGAAUAAAUCAUUUAUUCAAUAA